AUGACUGCAGCCCCAGCUUGUGCUUGUCCUGCAAAUGGAAGUUUAGUCGGAAACAUUUGUGCCUGCAAUAUAGGCUAUUAUUACAGUUCCACUACAGUUUGUUCUGCUUGUUUACCUAAUUGUGCCAGUUGUGACUUAAACGCUAAUACUUGUAAUACCUGCGCUGAUCCAAUUCAUAUGUCAGCUGCUCCUGAUUGUGCAUGUCCUACCAAUGCAGUUCUGGUCGGGAAUGAUUGUGUUUGCUAUAUUGGGCACUUUUAUAGCUCAAAUAGCGUAUGCUCAGCAUGUCAGAAUAAUUGUCAUACCUGUUCUAUUUCAUCAACAAACUGUCUCAGCUGUGUAGACUCGAUCAAUAUGCCAGCUCCCCCUUCAUGUGCUUGUCCAACUAACUCGAGUCUGUUGGGCACUAUUUGUGAAUGUAACCCCGGAUACUUUUUCAGUAGUUAUACAAUCUGCUCAGCUUGCAAUAGCAAUUGCGCUACAUGUUAUACAAAUCAGAAUGUCUGCGAUACUUGUGUCGACCCAAUUCACAUGUCAGCAGCUCCUAUCUGCUCUUGUCCUGCUUAUUCUACUUUGAUUGCUGGCACUUGUGUCUGCAACCCUGGCUACUAUUACAGCACAUCUACUACUUGUUCACCUAUUUCGCAGUGUCCUCCACAAUGCGCCCAAUGCUCUUCAAAUAACUUUUGCACUGCAUGCAAUGAUCCUGAAAAUAAUAUUUUUUAGCCUAUUUGGCGUUUAUUAUUUUUUUUCAUCAAGAGUUAAAACAAUCUUAGUCGUUAUUAAGUAUAAAAUGAAAGCAGUUAUGAUAAAAAAUUAUAAAAUAUGAAUUUACAAGGUUAAAAUCAUUUUUUCAAGUUAUGAGUCAUAAAUUAAAUGAGUUUUAAACUAAAGUUCAUAUAGAUAAUGGCUUGCCAAUUUAAGGAUUAUUAUAGGACCACUCUAAAAUGAAUGAGAAGGAAUAUGUAUUUGAAUACUGCCACAGGCACAUGCAGAUGCUGGGAUCCAUAUGCUUCUUUUAAUCAGACAUCUGGAACUUGCCAAUGCAUCCAAGGGUAUUAUAUGCCAAGUUUAGGAGUAUGCCAGAUGUGUUCGCCCCCAUGUGCUCAGUGCUCGAGUUCAGCUACCUUGUGCACAGAGUGUGAUGAUGUUGAUAAUAUGAAUUUAAAUGCAACCACAGGAUCUUGUGUGUGUAAAGACUCUAAUUCUCAAUUUAAUCCAUGGGUUAAAGCUUGCCAAACUAACUCAAGCUGCAAUUGUACUCACUGCGAAACAAUUACAUACAAUUACAACAAUAUAACCUAUUUCAAUAUCACCAAUAACUACAACUAA